AUGGAAUUCACUAAAGCACUAUAUGAUCUGAGGGCAAGUGUUAACUUCAUGCCAUUGACUAUUUAUAAAAAUUUGGGCCUGGGGAAUCCCACACCUACCAACAUGAGACUGGUGAUGGCCGACAGAUCAGUAAAGCGACCUGUUGGCAUUCUGUAUAAUAUGUUGGUAAAGGUCUCAAAUUUCAUAUUCCCUACAGACUUUGUCAUUCUGGACUGCGAGGUGGACUUUGAGGUAAAUGAUAAAGAGGAACAAUUUGAUAUGGGCAAAUCAGUGAAGCAGCAUGAGAAAAUGUGUGUGCUCUUAGUGGUUGAUGUGUAUUUUGAGGAAGAACAAGAUAUGGUCAAAACUGAAUAG